UGUUGACAGCAUGUUUGUGUUUUGUUUUGGGAUAUUUUUCUUCUUGAAAGUUUCAGGACAAAGUACAAGCCUUGCCAUUGCUCCCAAAGUUGUUGAUGAAGGAAGUCCUCAGACACUUACAUGUAUGUACAGUGGUAGUGAGACAGUAGCAUCAGUAUCCUGGUUCGCUAAUGACAUAACUCAAGGAAAUUUGAGAGUUAAUGGACUUUGUACCAAACUAUUUUGGAGACAUGAGAAUCUUCAUAGUUGGUCAUGUGAUGUCAGCAGAAGAACGUUUAAGCUUACUAUAUUGAGUGUAACAAGAAAUAACAGGAGCGACAUAUGGCAAUGUGAUAUUGCAUUGGAAGGAAUCCAAGUACGUUCAAAAAGCAAUAAUGUCACACCUUCUGUAAAAGUUCCUAUAACAACUGUAGCAAUGACAAUACCUCAGAGUGACACAAUUACAAUACUAGAGAAAACAACUCAACAAUUUAGAUGUAUUACAUCAGGUGGUUUACCAGAACCGAUUGUAAAAUGGUAUAAUGAUUCUAGAACACCAGGAGAUAUAAGUGAUGAUAAGGAGAUAACAACUUUUAUAAUACCUUCAUACAGAAAUACAAGUGAUGAUCUUGUAAUAACAACAAGUACGUUGACAUUGACCGCAUCAAAAUAUGACAACCAAAUCAACAUUUAUUGUAGUGCCUAUAGUUCUUCAGAUCAAACACCAUUAAUUUCAACACGUAAACCGAAACUAAAUGUGUUAUAUGCUCCUGAUGGCCCCCCUGUAAUACAGGGGUUUUCAGCUGGAACUACAUAUCGAGUCAUAGAAAACAAACCAGGACAACUGACUUGUUUGAUAAAAGGAGGUAAUCCUUUACCAACAUUAACAUGGACUUGUUUUAAUACUGGAACGUCUGACAACACUGAUGCUGACACUGUUUUAAAGACUGCAAGAUGGACAGCUGUACGAGGUCAAAACAGAAAGUGUACAUGUCAGUCUUCACAUUCAAGUGGAAGUGCAAUGGUGGACAUUCAAGUACAAAUUAUAUAUCCUCCGACAACACCAGAGUUUUCAAUAAAAAACACAAAGGUUGUUGGUACAGUGAAAGUCAUAAAACAUAGUCAAGUAUCUAUAACAUGCAAAAGUACAGGUCAGCCAAAUCAAAUACAGUACACGUGGAAACAUAACUCUGCAAUAACAUCAGGAGCAACAUUGACAACUAACAACAUACAGAAUGGUGAUCAAUAUACAUGUGAAGUAGAAAAUUUAAUGAACCCAUCAGAUGGUAGUGCUGUAACCGGAAAAAACUCAUCAUCGUUAAGUUUUGAUGUUCUAUAUCCUCCUACGACACCAACAUUCCGAUACUGGAAUACCACAGGAACAACUAUACCAAACAACUUGCUAAAUGUUAUACAGAAUGAUCUAGUUAAAGUUGCCUGUCGAUCAAACAGUAAACCGGACCCAGACACUUACCAAUGGGAUACACGUGGAAACAAUCAAAUACUUACUGUUUCAUCAAUAACUGCUGAUAAACAAGAUCACAUGUAUAAAUGUGAGGUUAGAAAUACAAUGACAGAAACUGUUCCUACUACUUCAAAUCCUACCAGAGGAACUUCUACAUCAACAUUAACUGUUCAUGUUAUGUAUCCACCAACAAAUCCUACCUUUAAAUACAGAUAUGGACAAGGAUCACAAAAUUUAUUCAGUGAUUCACUAUCUGUACGUGAAUUUAACCCAACAGCAUUUACUGUCAUCUGUGAAUCAAACAGUAGGCCAGAACCAGUCAUCGUCUGGGAAAAUAUAACACCAUCUUCACAUAUACUGACAUUGAAAAAACUGGACAGAUCAAAAGCUGGAAACUACAACUGCAAAACUGAAAAUAUCAUGAAACGUACAUUUAUAAAUCUAGAAAACGUUGUUUAUGGGAGAAACUUUCAGCAAUUUGAGUUGAACAUUCUGUAUCCCCCGGAAGUUGGAAUUUUGAACAACAGAAGUAUUCCCGAAGGUAAACCUUUUGACCUAUAUUGCUCGGUUAAAGUUGGUUACCCAAAAGAAACUACAUUUAAAUGGCUUAAAAGUGAUGGUACAAUAUGGAGUAACCAAAUGUUAACAAUACAAAAUGUGUCGAGGACAAAUGCUGGAUUCUACACAUGUACAGCUGAUAAUUUAAUGAAACAAACAGGAGAACAAAUGGCAACAAAAGGCGAAGAUAGUAAAAGUUUCUAUUUAAAUGUUUGGUAUAGGGCAAAAGUUACAAAUUUUUAUGUGGUCGGGUUUGCUGGAAAAACAUCAGUAACAGUAAAUGAAACAACGAGCAGAGUGCCUUUUCAUUGUGAUGUUGACAGUAAUCCAGGAUCUUUCAUGACUAUAAAGAAGGAAGAACAACAACUUCACUCCGGUUCCGAUAGAAAAUGGUUGGAAUAUGUACGUCACUCAGCUUCGUGCCUUGAUGCAGGAAUCUAUUCAUGCUUGGCAAAUAAUACUCACAACACUGAGUUAUCAUCAAAGCAACUAACAUUGUUCGUUAAUUGUUCUCCUAGGAAUUCUCCACUUGUACCUUUGCUAACAAAUGUAAUAAGUCAGCAGAAUAAGUCAGCAGUGUUCUCUUUCACGGCCUUGGCACAUCCUGUACCUUCCAAAAAUGACUUUCAAUGGUUCCGAAAGGCAAAUGGACAAUGGUAUCCUUUGUGGAAUGAUGCAGCUUUUAAAAUAGAUACAUUUAAUCUCCAGUCCAAUUUAACAAUUCUUAUUGUUAACAGGACCUUGUUCGGAAUGUACAGGCUUACUGUCAAUAAUGUCAUAGGAGGCUUUAAACAGAUAUUUCGUUUAGUACAAGAAGAUAAACCAGAAGUGCCAACCUAUUUUAUUAAUAAACAAGAGCUAGUGACUGUAUCAUCAUUUACUGUACAAUGGAAACCUGGCUUUGAUAAUGGACCAGAACAAACCUUCAUUGUAAAGUACAGAAAAGAAUCACAACAAGAGUGGACAGUUUAUCAAAUCCCUGAUACAAGGGAAACAUUGAUGAAUUUUACAGCGUCAGACUUAUCAAGUGGUUCAAACUACCAAGUUGUUCUAUAUGCUUCUAACAGACUGGGGAAUUCUUCUGAAACAGACAUCUUAACAAUUUCAACCAAAGUAAUUCCUGAACAAUGUCACUGUGAAAAUGAUCGUUAUCAAACAAUCAUAGUUGGAGUUGUGUUUGGAAUUAUUUCCGUCGUCGUAUCCGUCUAUGGCAGCUAUGUGACUGUGCUAAUCAGAAGAAUAAAGCGUACCAAAGGGCAAUCAAAAUCAUCAAAGGAAAAUGAGACAAAAACACAGACAUAUGCCAAUUUGGCGUAUUCAAUAAACAACAGCGCUGGAGAGCAAAGUACAGAACGGUCUGAUACAGCCGAAUAUACAACACUAGAUAAUCGAUUUAGAGACGACAAUAAAACAUAUGAUAAUAUAAAUGACCAAAGAACAUGAUUGCUCAUAUAUAUUGACAUAUACAACUAUUAGUAUUACUCAGCAGAUUGUAAAGAAUUUUCAAAAUAAUUCAAAAUUGUUUGGGUUUGAUUGGUUGACCCGCUCAUUAUCAUAUCUUAUAUUAAGGACUUUAUCUUUUAAAACGAUUUGAUUGCCUCUGUAGGCAUAUGAAAGUAUUGUAUCAAAUUCGCGGCGGACGACAAUUUUUCUUUUUUCACUUGUUUUUUGUAAAACUUAAGUGGGGAUCUUUGUCAAACAUGAUUUUGUUUAAGUGUUUAGUAUAAGUAUUUAAGUCAAUACAGAAUAAAGAAUUUCAAAGAUAGGAACAAUAAGUCAUGGCAAUACAAUACAAAUAUUUUAUAAGACAAAUCUAUUGUACCAAUUUCUUCAUGCACUAUAUUACAAAACAAGUACAUAAAUUCCUAUUACACUUUUUUUUCUGAAUGUCUUCCGACUUUAAAACUCGGCGUAAAACUUAUGUUGGUCAUUGCGUCUUUUGUAUUCCUUUUUACAAAGUACACUUUUUUCAGAAAAUGGUCCGUAGGAAUUUGUUUGUUUGUUUGUUUUUGUGAAGAUAAAGAAAGAAAAGACCAAUGCUAUAUAAACAAUUACUGCUUAUUGUUUCAUUCAUUUAUUUGCAAAUCAGCCGUUAUAUGCCCUUGACCAUUAUUGAUUUUUAAAUGCUCGUUAUAUUUAUUUUAUUAUUUAUUAUAGUCUCAUCUAUACAGUACACAUAUAUACAUAUAAAUCAUUUAAAGCAUUGAAAUUGUAUAUAGCCAUUCUCGAAAGAAUUACAAGAGACUUGUCAUAGCUAAUACUAGUCCAUAUUAUAGAAAUGUACCUCCCUUACUUACGUAUAUUCACAUUCUCAACAUUUUCACCAUAUAAAUCAAUUGCAAUAGGAUGACAUAAUUGCACAUUGUCAUUAUGAGACAUUAAAUUACAAUAUUAUAAUAGACUUUUUACAUUCUAAAAGUUUGAUAACCUCUACUGACCUUGUCUUAAAAACUGCCAUAAGAAAUUAUACUGUAAAAUACUAAAUUUUGUAAUAAAAGCACUAUCGAGCAAUAUAAAUAAUGUUUUUACAAAAUCAUUUAUCACACAUGGUUAGACCAUGGAUGAACUGGUCGGUAGUGAUUAUCAAAACAUAGGGAUAAAACAACUUAUUUAUGUAAUGUAUACGAGUGCGAACCAUAAUUAUAUAUUAGGUAACUUUUGAAAUGAAACUUAAGCAUUGUUUGACAUUUAUUUAUGUCGUAAAUUAUAGUAAAUGUUAUAGCAAUAUAGAAAAUUGAACUCAUACUUUACUGAUUGCGUUAAGCAGAAAAUAAAAACGUUUUGUUACAAAUAUUAGUUCAUCUUAAUGCUAUGAUAUAUGAUUUUAUCCUAAAUCUAGUAUAGAGUCCUGUCCGUGUAUAAAUAUAUCACUAAAACCUUAACUAUCUAGAUCGUGUGUGACACGAUUCUGGGUCUUCGGUCAUGUGAAUAUAACGGUGUAAGUAUAUGUAUUUUGGAAAAAACAUUCAGGUAUGUCCACGGGUCGAAAUCACCGCCUCAAUGUCCGUAUGGUCAUUAUUCAAGCCUUCAAGAAAGUAAAACUUAUUUAAAUUUGUUAAAUCAUUUUGUACACAUGUAUUAUACGGAAGAAUAAUUACACGUUCAUACGUAUAAAUUAUUUUAAGUUCCAAACUAAUCAAAGUAACUUGAUCCAAACAAUACCAUCCUAGUUAAGUCUUCCUUGUUGGUCUUGUUUUCUUCUGUUUUACAAGCUCACGUUUCUUAUAAUACAUUUUGGUUUUUGAUUUGUUACAGAUAACUUGAUCAUGAAAAUGAUCAUUAGCGUAUUAGAAUUCUAUGCUUUGGUAAAAGGAAUAAUGUCAAAAUCAGUAAAAUAGUUGAAAACAGUUUGCCUUUAGAAGAUAAAAACUACUGUCUAACAAAUAUUUCGAAAUUCCUCCUCAAAAACAUUAGAACCAAAUUGUUACUUCAAAAUGUUCAUAUUUUAACACGUUUGCUCUGAAAACAAACAGUUUGGGUUUCUGCCAAAGGCAAACACCUUCUUUUAUGAUACGAAAUUCUUUCAUCCAGUACCACGUGAUUGUACAGGAUAAUAUCACGACCUGUUUUCCGUUAAGCACGGAAUCCGGGAUCGUAUCAAACUUAACUGCUUUGUUUUGAUAUUUGUAGUAACUUGUGGGACUAAAAUUAUAAUUGAUUAAAUAAUUAUAUCAUAUAUUUCAUGACAAAUUUAUAGAUUUAAAAUUUAGCUUGAAAUACGAUAGGCGCCUACUCAAUGAUGGAAAUUGAUGUCCGAUUCCGGACAUACCGGAUACUGGGAUUUUUCCAUAUCUCUGUUGUGACACGUGAAAUGUAAAAUGGAGUAUCUUCUCUUAUUUAUAUUUGCUUCUGCGCUAGUAACGUAGUAGAUUUUUCAAAGGAAAAUAUACGGAAUUCCAUAAACGACAGCCUACAGCUCACUUUCUACUGCAAACUGGAUAGCCUGCUGCUAACUGCCUACUGCUUACUGCUUAUUGACAGUCUAAGUCUAUGUAUAGAUCAUUUACGAAGUAUUCCGAAUGUACGCGCAGUCUUGCCUGCCAUUUAGGUAAAAAAUCUGCUGAGGUAAACGUUACGGAAAAAAAUGGUUAUUAAAUUAAAAAGGAUAAUUUUAUAAUUAAGCCUAAUAAUUUGUAGUUUCGAAUUCAUUGCAAAAACUUGUGUACGUCCCAUCCCUGCACACUGCUUUGAUUAUGUAAUGAAAUGGAUCCACGUGCCUCAUUGCACAGGUUCCAUCUGCCUCAUAGGACUCAUUUUAGGAAAAUCAACUUAUUAACAAAUUAUUCACAAAGAAUGUGUGUCCAACAUUCAACAUUGAAGGACUUGACCCCACUAUAUAUUGGUUUAGAGGCGGACAUCUGGACCAUUAUGUCAACACCUUUUUUGUUUAGAAUUUCAUAGUUUAUU